CGAGUGGGUGAGCGGACCAUUCCAGUCCGUGUGUCUCUGUGCGUGUGAGCAGUGAUCUGCUGUCAUUCAUGGGGAUCAUGUAUGGAGAUGGAGACCUGCUCGGACGGCCCCGGAGGGACUGCAUGUGUUACCUGGGACCCCCGACCACCUUGAUGCCCAUCGGAAUGCGUAAAUCCCCCGAGGUGAGUCCCAGAAGGCUGUCCGACAUCAGCCCCCAACUCCGCCAGCUCAAGUACCUGGUGGUGGAUGAGUCGAUUAAAGAGGACCUGAAGUCAUCUCGAUCAGUUGAGGACAUCAACAGCGCGUCCAUCGAGGAGAGGAUCUUGAGAAUCACGGGCUAUUAUGGCUACCAGCCGUGGAAUGCCGUUUAUAAGAGGGAGGACCGGCCGAGGGAGAACAUCGUGGGCACUGCCGAUGGACAGGCGAUGGUGGCCGGAGCAGGGGCGGAGUCAGGGGCAGGGAAGCAGAGAUUAAACUGCUGUGUGCGAGUGACAGCCGUCCAAGUGCGAAAAGCAAUAUGGGGCGUGGCCAUGGUGAUAUGCGUGUGCUCGUCAUGGGCAGGCUCCACCCAGCUGGCCAAGCUGACCUUCAAGCAGUACGACGCACCGUUCACUCUUACGUGGUUCGCCACAACGUGGAACUGCCUCUUCUUUCCUCUGUAUUACAUCGGCCAUCUGUGCAAGAGUCCUGAGAGACAGACGCCAAAACAGAGGUUUAGAGAGUGUUGUCGGUUCUUCGGGGACGAUGGACUGACGGCAAAGGUGUUCUUCACUAAAGUGGCCCCUUUCGGCCUACUGUGGAUUAUGACGAACUACCUUUACCUUCAGGCUCUGAGAAAGAUCAACAGCACCGAUGUAUCGGCCCUCUUCUGCUGUAACAAGGCCUUCGUCUUUCUCUUGUCCUGGAUCGUGCUGCGGGAUCGCUUCAUGGGCGUCAGGAUUGUUGCUGCCAUUCUGGCCAUCGCUGGAAUCGUGAUGCUGACCUACGCUGAUGGCUUUCACAGUCACUCUGUUAUCGGCAUAACGUUUGUAGUGGCCUCUGCAUCUGCCUCUGCCCUCUAUAAGGUGCUUUUCAAGCUUGUUUUGGGCAGUGCCAAGUUUGGAGAGGCGGCUCUGUUUCUGACCAUUGUAGGUGGUGCAAACUUUGUCUUAUUGAGCUUUGUGCCAGUCAUACUGUACUUCACACAUGUUGAGUACUUCACAUCCAUAGCUGAUCUUCCCUGGGCCUACCUGUGUGGAGUAGCUGGACUCUUACUAGCGUUCAAUAUUCUGGUGAAUUUUGGCAUUGCCAUAACAUACCCUACACUGAUUUCACUUGGCAUUGUGUUGAGUGUCCCAGUCAAUGCAAUGGUGGACCUGAACACCUGUGAUAUCCACUUCAACACAGUGCGACUCAUCGCUGUGUUCAUCAUCUGUCUGGGCUUCCUGAUGCUGCUGUUACCGGAGGACUGGGAUCAGUGUUUGAUUGAGCUCGGCACCAAACUCAGAAAGCGGGAGCAACCUGUAGAGCCGGCUGAGACUGCAAACAGCUCAGGACUCAACUGGACCCGACGGGCCAGGACCUCCAUGUCCACAUUUUCCCACUGACACGCAUUUAACUUUUCCCAUUCAAAGUCCAGUGACUGGACGAUGCUGGAAAGAGCAUUCAUUCCAUAAUAUUUCUCAUUCAACGAGGCUCCAUAUGCCAUCAUUUACCAUCAUGCACAUUACAACAGAAGCUUUCCGAAGGCAAAUAAUGUUUUUCAGUUCUCCCAACUGUAAGUUGAUUUGAACAAUGACUUGGGUCUUUUAUUUGAAACUCAAGAGCGGGGGUCUCAAACUACUAACAUACGGGCCAUUGGGUAUAUAGUUUAUCUUUAAAAGCAGCCCAUAAAUCAGUUUAUAGACUUUCAUUUUUUUUUACGUUUAUAGUUUUUUAUUCUCACAUUGAAACUUUAAUAAAUUAAUAAUUAUUACAUUAAAUAUUGCAACAAUAUUUUCUUAAUUUAAUGUAUAUUCUAUAUUGUAAUUUAAUUAUGCAUAGCCUAUUUCCUAUUCUCCACAUGGGGUUUACAAGCCUAAAACUUGAAUGUAAAUGAUAAGAAGUUUGGGUUACAUGCAUCUAUAUAAAUCUAGAUGGCUCUCAUUACAAUCGAUGUAGUGGUUUACACUGAGAGCGUUUGUUGUGGCAUCUUCAGUAGAUGUAUGUUUCUACUUUUGAUGCACUAUUGCUACUUUAUUUUGACCAUCUGAUAUGCAGUAUAAAUAUAACUAUUUAAAUCAUAUAUGUAAACUGAUUGCUAUCCAUUUUAGUCAUUUUAUAUUUAAAAAUGUUUGAUUGUUACGUCAAUGCCAGAUGUGUUAUUUCCAAUGUGCUACCUGCCUGUGCAAGGAGAAAAUUGCAGUAGCAGUAAUACAAUUUCAGGCAUCAUUACUCCACUAAACAUGAGCACCAUGCAAUGUAUGAAGGAAAGAUGUAUCCAUGCCUCACUAACUGUAUGUAAAGUCAUAAAACAUUUGUAUUUGUUGUAACCGGUCAACUGGCCCAACUGGAAAAAACAUCAGGUAGUGUGAUCUUGAGACCUCCGCUCAAGAGACCCACAUAAUAUAAAAAAAUAUCUCCACAAUAAAGAGUCCAUGCUGGUCUUGAGAUUGUUUAACUUCCCUUCGGAGGACACACGUCCGUCACUUUAAAGCUUUCACUGGCACCAGUGCCAGUGUCCAUUAGAACAUGUGCCAAACAUUAAUAUAGACAUUAAGAACUGCAACUUGUGCCGUCUUCUCAUACAACAAAGUUCUACCUUGCACAAGGUGCGUCUGAGGGAUUCCCCUCCCAAACUGUGACUGAAGAUGUUUUGGAUAACGGCAAUCUGGAUGGUUUUGGAGAAAAGGUGGUCCAGGAAUAGCCUCGGGAUACAGUGGUGCUGAGGUCGGAUGGGAUGCUGGAGGAGUGCAGACGUCCAGCUGGCCUCAUACAAAGUCCAACUGAGGUCUAGAGGGAUUUCAUCUCCUAAACUGUGAACAAAGAUAUAUGUGGGUAAACGACAGCAUCCAGACUGUUAUACUGAAGCUAGAAUUGGUUUCCAUCACAUUUUUCUGAGUCACAUAUGCUAACCACUGUGAGGACAUUUCAGGGGCAGUAUUGACAAACCGAAAAGACAAUCUUCUGCGAGUCAUGUUAGCGUAAAGGGUGCCAUGUGUAUCCUGUGAAUGUAUGACCAUUGCUGAAAAGUGCACCCACCCUAUGUGCUCCGCAAAAGGUGGUGACUGGUACUGAAACGCCGUCUUUACAUACACAAAACACAUUCUGCACAUAAGACUUUCUUGAACACUGCAUUGCAUUUUUUUUCUUAUGGACUGUUUCAUUGGAAGGGAAUUAGUUCUACAGGAAAACGCAUGCAGAAAAUGCCAAUAAAUUCUAUAUGACGGCUUCACUGCCUUUUCUUUGAUUUGCAAUAGGAUCUCAUCAGCACUGUCUCCCAUUGUCAUUGUUUCAAUGGCAAUACAUAUAUUGUAUUCCUCUGGAAUUAUUGCUAGAAAAUAUUGUAAACCUUUGUAAGGAAUGAUUUUUACACCGAAAUGCAUUCUGAUCACUUUUGAGUAAAAAUAACGAAAAAAAAAUAAAU